UUUUGGGCGCUGAGUUCUCGCACGGACCAUGCAGCCAUGAAAGUUCCAAUUUCUAUGCUACCGAGCCACCACCUCCGCGCAAGCUCCGCGAGAACCAGACUUUUGAAGUAUCGCAAAGAGCCACCAUGGCUUCUCCGCGAAUAUCACAUCCCAUGCGGGGUCUUCCUCAUCAAUUGAACAGAUUGGCGAUACGUCAGGACGCAGUGCCUAAAUCCCUCUCCACCUCCUUCGCCCGCCCAAUUACCACAUCGACCUCUCCACGAGCCGCAAUCUCGCCCAAUACCACACCGGUAGAUGGACCCGUUCCUACUGUCACGCCCUUUGCAGAGCAAACCGUUCUCGCAACCAUUCACCGUUUUCCGUCCCUGGAACCCCUCAGGCUCGUGAAAUACCCUUCCAACCACCUCUACCUGCCCACUCGGAAAGACAUCCUCCACCGUGCCGUCAUAUUCGAAGGAGAUAGCACCAGAUUAGGUACGGCAUCGACGAAAACACGUUGGGAAGUGCACGGUUCUGCUAGAAAACUGGCUCCCCAGAAGGGUACUGGACGCGCGCGUGUGGGAGACAAAAAGUCGCCCAUCCGCACAGGUGGUGGUGUCUCUCACGGCCCUCAUUUCCGCGACUUUUCUACCGAUCUCCCUAAGAAAGUCUACGACUUAGCCUGGCGUACUGCCCUUUCCUACCGCUUUCGCAAAGGCGAACUCAUUAUCGUGGAAAAUGCCAUGGAGAUUGAGAGUCCCUCCCACCGUCUUCUCGAGCACAUUUUCAAGCUCCACGAAAGGGAACGAGGCAAGGGCCGAAGCCUCCUGGUUACAGCAGCAGACCGGCCAUUGCUUGGGCAAGCGCUCGAAAAGAUGGGUCGUCGUCGGCAGGCUCUUACCACGGAUGAAGUAGAUGUCAAGGACCUUCUGGAGCUCUCUCGCGUCAUCAUUGAGCGUCGCGCACUUGAUAGCAUUCUUAAAAACCAUCAAAGAGACCUCACCAACACCAAACCUUCGAGGCUCACUUACCCGUCGGAUCCAUACGAACUUCUCCGCAUCCCUGGUUGGAAGCAAUUCAGCACGCUCAUGCAAGCCGACCCUUCCGAGCGUGACGCCAUACGACCAGACAUAUAUGAAUCGGUAGCCCACGCCCGCCUGCAGGAAGCCUCCAAACUCGAGGAGGGCCCCGAAAAAGGUCGCCUCCAAACCUCCGUCUUCGAUCUUGCCGCGGAAGCCAAAGACUUGCGUCGUGCUCAGCUGCCUAAGCCUGAUCCCCUUGAGGCUGAGUAUGCUGAUCUCGAAGCCGAAAUUACGCACUUGCGCGAUCCUGCUGCACAGAAAAAGGCCAUGGUAACGCUCUCAGAGACCCUGGUCCGUUGGCGUGACAUUGUCUACCAGUCUGCGGUUUUGCAGGCCGAAGCUACCGAGAACAGACGCGAUGCUUGCGCACACCGUGGCGAGCUAGAGCGCGCCGAUGCUUUACAGAACGAGGCAAGCGAUUUGAGAACCGAUGUUGCGGCUGUUGAGAUUGAGCUUUUCGAGGCGCAUGCGCAGCUUGCUGAGGCGAGGGCGGAUGUAUGUCUUUUGAAUGGCGACAGAACAGGUGCUGCAGAACAGCGGGAGCAUGCUCAGGAGAUGCAAGCCCAAGCCGCUAGAUUGCAGGAGGAAUCAGAAGAUGUGAACGAAGACAUUCAAGAAGAGGACGAGCAGGUUGCCGCAAAACCAAAGGAUUGA